UCAAAUGAAUCGAAAAUCGAACCGAUUCUUGUCGUCGACAAUUUCUCUUUUGCGUACGAUUCCGACUUCUCUCUCUAUCUCUCCGGGAAGAUCGCGCCGGAAAACUCCAAUCUCAGCUUAUGGCUAACCAGCCAAGGUCUUCUUAUCCCACCGAAGAACCCCACGACCAUAAUCGUCGACUAUACAACCCUUAUCAAGACCUAAAGGUUCCAACUCAAACCCUAUACAAUCUCCCUACCUCACCGGAGUUCCUCUUCCAGGAAGAAUCCAUCGUUCAACGCCGAUCUUGGGGUGAAAACCUCACCUACUACACAGGAAUUUGUUACCUUGGCGGUGCAAUCGCCGGUGCAGGCAAGGGCUUUAUCGAAGGUGUUAAAUCGUCGGAAGCUGGUGACUCAAUGAAGCUUCGUGUGAAUCGGAUCCUCAAUGCAUCGGGUCAUUCCGGUCGUACGUUAGGGAAUCGAGCUGGUGUUUUAGGGUUGUUGUAUGCAGGGACGGAAAGCGGUAUGGUAAUGCUGCGAGAUACGGAUGAUAUUGUUAAUAGUAUUGUGGCUGGUCUUGGAACUGGUGCUCUGUAUAAGGCGGCUUCUGGUCCUAGGUCAGCGGCUGUAGCUGGGGCUAUUGGUGGAGUUGCUGUGGGUUUGGCUGUGACUGGGAAGCAGAUGCUGAAGAGAUAUGUGCCGAUCUGAGGAUUUACAAUACAUUGGUUUGUGGCCCUUUUGCCCUAAACCUUCUUAUUUAUUCAGAAAAUUUUGGAACAUAAUUCAUAUAUACUCUCAUUUUAGUUCUGCUGUGUUAUGACAGUUCUUAUAAUUGUUGGGCAUGAGGAUUCUUGCUCCUUAGUAUGUUGUAUUCCAUUGUUCUGUAUCCAUUGCUGAAGAAAUUGUGUCAAAUGAAUAAUUGGUCUUCACAUAAAUCCAGAUAUGUUCUAGAUUCAAUGAAGGUGUUCUUAAUUCCAUCUA